AUGGCACCAACGAACAAGCAAUGGGUGAGCAAGCUGGAUGGUGCGGAUAAGCUAGAGUUGGUCGAAGGCGAGAUGCCGGUGCCGAAGGACGGGGAAGUGCUGGUGAAGAUUAAUGCCGUGUGCUUGAAUUACCGAGAUAUCGAAGUCUGCGAUGGCGAAUAUAACCACCAUCAAACCCCUACGGAUUCCCCCGUCGGUGUCGUUCCCUGCUCCGACAUGUGCGGCACCGUUGUGGAGAGCAAAUCGCCGCUCCUCACCGCUGGGACUCGCGUCAUGUCCGUCUUUCUACAGACUCAUCUUGUCGGAGCCCUCAAACAAUCUGAUAUGGAGUCUGGACUGGGCUUUCCCUUGCCGGGCGUGCUGACAGAGUAUCGGUGCUUCGAUGCCAAGACGCUGGUCAAGGCGCCCAAGUACAUGACAAACGAGGAGGCGAGUUGCCUGCCGAUUGCGAGUGUGACGGCGUGGAUGGCACUGAACUGGAUGAGGCCUAUUGGGAAAUCCUUCCAGGAGUUGGAACUUUAUGGGAAAGGCGGUGAUAAGGACAAGGACAAGGACAAGGAGCAAGAGACUGUAUUGCUCCAAGGCACGGGCGGAGUGAGCAUUGCAGGACUGCAAAUCGCAAAGGCAGCCGGCCUCAAGACCAUCAUCACAUCUUCAUCGGAUGAGAAGCUCGAGCAAGCAAAACAGCUGGGCGCAGACCACACGAUUAAUUACCGCACAUACUGGGAGUGGCAAGAUGGCGUCAUGGAAGCCACCGGCGGCAAGGGCGCGGACUACAUCCUCGAAGUGGGCGGGACGAAGACGUUGCGCAAGAGCUUUGCCAGUGUUGCGUUUGGAGGGACGAUUAGCUGUAUCGGCUAUGUUUCCGGCAAAGAAGACGACACUGGCGGCGACGAUGGCGGAAAUGGCGAUGAUAAGGGGAAGGCGUCGGGAUGGAAUCGGUUGAAUGUGAAUGUGUUGGCGUUGAGGAAGAAUGUCACGCUCAAGGGGUUGGUGAAUGGCGGGAAGGAUCGGUUUGAGGAGAUGGUGAGGUUUUACGAGGAGAAGGAGAUUCGGCCGGUUGUGUGUAAGGUGUUUGGGAUGGAGGAGGCGAAGGAGGCGAUGGCGUUUGUUAAGGAUGGGAAGCACUUUGGCAAGGUUGUGAUUAAGCUGGCGGAGAAUUGA